CUGCCUACCUUUGCUCUGAGAGUUUCAGAGGAGGAUCCAAUACACUUAGCCUGCCAGCUCUUCCAGGAGUACUCUUCAAGCCUGCUGCUGCUUCUGCCACACUGCCUGAAAGGGACCUGACACACCACACAAGGAAUUUUGAUUUCUUCUGGGGAACCAAAACUAAAAAGGCAGGAAAACCCAUCUGGAGGUUGUGAAGAAGACAUACAGUCAGAGCAAGAAGUGGCCCACUUUUUCCUUACGAAACAAACACACACAAGAGAAAAAAAAAACCACCCUAACUUCUCUGCCAGGUGUAUGGGACUUAGAUUCUUGAAGCACUGCACUGAACUGUUAAAGGUAAACUAUGACCACUUUGCUAUUAGUGUUUGUGUAUUUGCGAGUCAUCACUGCAGCCUUCUCUGUGGAGCUUUCAGACAAUGGUGAUGGACUGGAAGUGAAGAUACCUGAACAGUCUCCUCUGAAAGUUGUGCUGGGAAACUCUCUGAUUAUCCCCUGCUACUUCAGCGACCCAAUAGAUUAUGAUACCAUCUCUCCUCUGACCCCAAGAAUCAAAUGGAGCAGACUCUCUGACGGGAAGGAAGUAGUCUUGCUAGUGGCCACAGAUGGGAAAGUUCGAAUCAACACUGAGUACAAGGAGAUGAUAUCUAUGCCCAAUUAUCCUGCCAUCCCCACUGAUGCCAGCUUGGAAAUCAAGGCAUUAAGGUCCAAUGACAGUGGGAUUUAUCGCUGUGGAGUGAUGCAUGGUAUCGAGGACAGACAGGACACAAUUGAGGUCAUAGUGAAAGGAGUCGUGUUCCAUUACAGAGCCAUCUCCACCAGGUACACCUUGAACUUUGAGAAGGCAAAGCAGGCCUGUCUUCAGAAUAGUGCUGUCAUCGCAACCCCGGAACAGCUGCAGGCUGCCUAUGAAGAUGGGUUUGAACAGUGUGAUGCCGGCUGGCUGGCUGAUCAGACUGUCAGGUACCCUAUCCAUUUCCCUCGGGAGCGUUGCUAUGGUGACAAAGAUGAGUUUCCUGGCGUGAGAACCUACGGUGUUCGGGAGACUGACGAAACAUAUGACGUCUAUUGUUAUGCAGAAGAAAUGAAAGGUCAAGUCUUCUAUGCCACUUCCUCAGAGAAGUUUACUUUCCAGGAAGCUGCAGAGAAAUGCCACAGUCUUGGAGCCCGUUUGGCCACCACAGGAGAGCUGUACCUGGCCUGGAAGGGUGGCAUGGAUGUGUGCAGUGCAGGCUGGCUGGCAGACCAAAGUGUUAGGUACCCCAUCUCCAAGGCACGUCCAAACUGCGGUGGGAACCUGGUGGGGGUGCGGACAGUAUACCUGUAUGUCAAUCAGACUGGGUACCCUCACCCCCAUACUCGCUAUGAUGCCAUCUGCUACACAGAUGAGGACUUUGAAGGUUUGGUCCCGGAGAAUUUCACCGAUGAAACAGCAGGUGAAUUGGGCAGUGCCUUCACCAUCCAAACUGUCACUCGAACUGAAGUAGAGCUACCUCUCCCACACAAUGUCACGGAGGAGGAAGCUCGUGGCAGCAUUGCAACCCUGGGGCCAAUUGACAUUACACCCACUGCCUCAGAGCUGUAUGAAGGCUUCACGGUGACACCUGGUCUUUUUGCCACUGGCAUCACUGCUGAAACAGCUUUCACGGAGGCAGAGAACGUGACUGAAGAGGAAGCCACACCAGUGUGGGCCAUUCCUGAAGAGGUCACCACCUGGGCACUGGAUACUUUCUACACCAGCAAGGCACCAGAGGUGAGCUCGGUGGAGGAGGCCUUGGGGGUGACUGCCCCCCCAGAACUAGAGUCUGCCUCAGCAUUUACAAUGGAAGAACAGAUUGUGCAGGUGACAGCCGCUCCUGACAUCGCACUCAUUCCUGAGCAGCCCAUUUCUCCCACUGGUGUUGUAUUUCAUUACCGACCAGCCACCAACAGAUAUUCCCUCAAUUUCAUCCAAGCCCAACAGGCCUGCCUGGAUAACAAUGCUGUCAUUGCUACUCCAGAACAGCUGCAGGCAGCCUAUGAGGCUGGCUUUGAUCAAUGUGAUGCUGGCUGGCUGCGGGACCAGACAGUCAGAUAUCCCAUUGUGACUCCACGGAGCAGAUGUGUAGGCGACAAGGACAGCUCCCCAGGUGUUCGGACAUACGGCAUGCGCCCAGCAUCAGAGAUGUAUGACGUGUACUGUUACAUCGACAGGCUGAAGGGUGAGGUGUUCUUUGCAACCCAGCCAGACCAGUUCACCUUCCAAGAAGCCCGGGAAUACUGUGAAAGCCAAAAUUCCACCUUGGCCUCGACUGGACAACUCCAGGCUGCCUGGAAGCUGGGCCUAGAUAGAUGCCAUGCUGGCUGGCUUGCCGAUGGCAGCCUUCGAUAUCCUAUUGUUACCCCACGUGCUGCAUGUGGUGGAGACAAACCUGGAGUGAGGACCAUCUACCUGAACCCUAACCAAACAGGAUUUCCUGACCCACUGUCAAGGCACCACGCAUUCUGUUUCAGAGCCCUGCCAUCUCUGCAGGAAGUUGAAGGGGCUACCCCAUUCUUUGAAGAAGAUCUGAUUGCAACCCAAGUGAUCCCUGGAGUGGAGGAAGUGCCCUCUGGGGAAGAGACAACUGUGGAAACGGAGCUUGCCACUGGACCUGAAAAUCAGACAGAAUGGGGAGCAGAAGUCUUUCCAACUGACGUAUCAUUGCUAUCAGUGAGUCCAUCUGUUUUCCCUCCUGUUAGUGCAAUACCAGAAGAAACAAGUGCAGAGGCUUCUGUCAGCGGCGUGUCAGGGGACAUCUCUGCAUCUGGAGAGCCUCAAAUCAGCGGUGAACCAACAAGUUCAGGCUGGGUACCUGGAGCCCCAGAUGUAAGUGGGGAAUCAGCAUCUGGAAUUUUUGAACCUAGCGGAGAACCCUCCGGGAUUGGAGAAAGUGGAAUACCAUCUGCAGAUCUGGAUAUCAGUGGCCUCCUUCCUGGAGAGAGCGGUCUCCCCUCGGGGGACAUAAGUGGAAUGCCCCCGGUAAUUAUUGAUGUCAGUGGUUUGCCUUCUGGAGAGGAAGACCUAGCAGUGUCUGCUUCUGGAAUCCCAGACAUCAGUGGGAUGCCAUCUGGAGAGGAAAUCAGUGAGCUUCCAGAAAUCAGUGGACUGCCUUCUGGAUUUAGUGGAGAAGUCUCUGGUGUUGAACUAACCAGUGGCCUGCCAUCGGGAGAGGAAAGUGGACUGCCGUCUGGUAUUCCUACUGUCUACAUUGACCGUACCACUUUGGUGGAAGUUGUAACAACUGCAGCAGAAAUGGAACAGGAAGGGAAAGGAGUAAUUGGGGUCAGUGGUGAAGGAGACCUGUCAGGUUUACCCUCUGCUGAAUGGGACAUCAGUGGAAAAAUCAGCGGGUUACCUUCAGGAGCUGAUAUCAGCGGAGAACCCUCUGGCAUACCUGAUCUCAGCGGAGCACCAUCGGGAAUACCUGAUAUCAGUGGGUUACCCUCAGGGGUGGACAUCAGCGGAAUGCCCUCUGGGAUACCUGAUGUCAGUGGAUUACCUUCAGGAAUUGAUAUCAGUGGAGCACCAUCGGGGAUACCUGACAUAAGUGGUUUUGUUGACCUCAGUGGCCUGGUUUCUGGUGGUGAUGAAAGUGGUGAGCCCUCAGGCAUUACCUUUAUAAAUGCCAGUGUGGUUGAAGUGACAACCCCUUCCAUUACAGAAGCAGAAGCAAAAGAGAUUUUGGAAAUCAGUGGAUUGCAUUCAGGAGAGGAAGAUACUUCAGGCGCAGUAUCUGGAAUUUUAGAUGUUAGCGGAUUGCCUUCAGGGCUAGUAGACUUCAGUGGGGAUGUUUCGGGAAUGCCUGAAAUAAGUGGACUUCCAAGUGGAAUACCCGACAUCAGUGGAGAAAUCUCUGGUGUUGAGGUCACUAGUGGCCAGCCCUCCGGUGUUUAUGAUUAUAGUGGGCUCCAGUCUGGCCUUCCCACUAUCUCUCUUUUGGAUACAACCUUGGUAGAAGUUGUAACGCAGACAUCUGUCACACAGGAGGCAGGAGAAGGGCCAUCUGGGGUGUUAGAAAUUAGUGGACUUCCUUCAGGGGAAAGAGAAACAUCUGGAGAAGUGUCUGGAAUGGUGGAUAUUAGUGGCCUACCCUCGGGGACAGUAGACAUCAGUGGGGAGCCGUCAGGUGUUCCAUAUUUUAGUGGAGAAAUUUCUGGAGUCACAGACCUAAGUGGCCUCACCUCAGCAGUGACUGAAGUUAGUGGGGAGGAAUCAGGACUUCCAGAAGUUACAUUAAUUACUUCUGAUCUAGAAGAAGUAGUGACAAAGCCAACAGUUUCACAGGAGCUAGGUGGAGAAACAGCUGUCACAGUCCCACAUAUCUUUGAACCAAGUGGGGAUGCCUCUGCAUCUGGAGAAAGUAGUGGGGAAACAUCUGCAUUGCCUGAAAUUAGUCCAGAAACAUCAACAGUUUAUGAAAUCAGUGGCGAAACAUCAGCAUUCCCUGAAGCUGCCACAGAAUCUUCAACAGCUCGUGAAAUCAGUGGCGAAACAUCAGCAUUGCCCGAAAUCAGCAUUGAGACAUCAACAGUUCAUGAAACCAGUGGUGAAACAUCUGCAUUCCCUGGAAUUAGCAUAGAAACUUCAACUGUUCAUGAAACCAGCGGUGAAACAUCUGCAUUGCCUGAAAUUCACAUAGAAACUGCUACAGUCCAGGAAGCCAGUGGUGAAACAUCAGCAUUGCCCAAAAUUAGCAUAGAAACUGCUACAGUUGGUGGAACCAGUGAUGAAACAUCAGCAUUGCCCGAAAUUAGUAUAGAAACUGCUACAGUUGGUGGAACCAGCGAUGAAACAUCAGCAUUCCCCGAUAUUAGUAUAGAAACUGCUACAGUUGGUGGAACCAGUGAUGAAACAUCAGCAUUGCCCGAAAUUAGUAUAGAAACUGCUACAGUUGGUGGAACCAGCGAUGAAACAUCAGCAUUCCCCGAUAUUAGUAUAGAAACUGCUACAGUUGGUGGAACCAGUGAUGAAACAUCAGCAUUGCCCGAAAUUAGUAUAGAAACUGCUACAGUUGGUGGAACCAGCGAUGAAACAUCAGCAUUCCCCGAUAUUAGUAUAGAAACUGCUACAGUUGGUGGAACCAGUGAUGAAACAUCAGCAUUGCCCGAAAUUAGUAUAGAAACUGCUACAGUUGGUGGAACCAGCGAUGAAACAUCAGCAUUCCCCGAUAUUAGUAUAGAAACUGCUACAGUUGGUGGAACCAGCGACGAAACAUCAGCAUUGCCCGAAAUUAGUAUAGAAACUGCUACAGUUGGUGGAACCAGUGAUGAAACAUCAGCAUUGCCCGAAGUUAGCAUAGAAACUGCUACCGUUCAUGAAACCAGCACUGAAACAUCCACAUUGCCUGAAAUUGGCAUAGAAACUGCUACCGUUCGUGAAUCCAGUGGCGAAACAUCCACAUUGCCUGAAACUAGCACUGACACAUCUGGCAUAUCUUUGGUCAGUGGCAAAUCUUUUGGAACACCUGAAGAGAGGAGGGAAAUUUCUACAGAUACUUCAGGAACACAUACACACACAGUCCCAGACAUCUCAGGAGAAACCUCUGUCCCAGACAUUGUAAUCAGUACCAGUAUUCCAGAUGUUGAAUUAACACAAGAGCCCAAGGGUCCUGAAGAGGCCCAGCUUGAAAUAGAGUCCUCUACUCCUAUGGUGUCAGGACAAGAGAUAGAAACACCUGCUGUUCUAGAAACUCUACAGAUAUCACCCACUGCCACCGCUAUCCUGCCUCAAGUUUCACAAGAAGCAACAGAUGUUGCAAGGCUCACUGCAGAAGUUGUACCCAAGACAUGUGAUGAGAACCCCUGUGGAGCUGGCACCUGCCAAGAACGAGAUGGAGGUAUCGCUUGCUUGUGCCCACCUGGGUACAUGGGGGACCGCUGUGAUAUAGACAUUGAUGAGUGCCACUCAAGCCCCUGUCUGAAUGGAGCUACCUGCGUUGAUGGCAUCGACUCUUUCAAAUGCUUAUGCCUUCCCAGCUACGGAGGGGACCUGUGUGAGAUCGACCUGGAGGACUGUGAAGUGGGUUGGACCAAGUUCCAGGGCCAUUGCUACAGGCACUUUGAAGAGAGAGAGACCUGGGUGGACGCUGAGACACGGUGCCGAGAACAUCAGUCUCAUCUGAGCAGUAUCAUCACCCCUGAAGAGCAAGACUUUGUGAACAACCAUGCACAGGAUUACCAGUGGAUUGGUCUCAGUGACAGAGCUGUUGAGCAUGAUUUCCGUUGGUCUGAUGGGAACUCCCUACAAUAUGAGAAUUGGCGGCCCAACCAGCCUGAUAACUUCUUUGCCGCAGGAGAGGACUGUGUCGUGAUGAUUUGGCAUGAGCAGGGAGAGUGGAAUGAUGUCCCAUGCAACUAUCACCUCCCUUUCACCUGCAAGAAGGGAACAGUUGCCUGUGGAGACCCUCCCGUGGUAGACAAUGCCAGGACUUUUGGAAGAAAGAAGGACCGAUAUGAAAUCAACUCCAUGGUGCGAUACCAGUGUAACCAGGGCUUCAUACAACGCCAUGUGCCCACAAUUCGAUGCCAGCCCAAUGGCCACUGGGAGGAACCACGGAUAGCCUGCAUAAAUCCCUCCACCUACCAACGUAGACUAUACAAGAGAAGCUCUAGGAACCGGUCAAGAACCAAUGGCAGAGCCGUACAAAGACCCACCCAUUAGAGCGGGGAGAGACGCGCAGAGAAGACACAGAGAGAGAUUUUACGGAACAGUUAUAUUAACAGAGUCAAUUUCUUCUUCUUGUUGUUGCUUUUGUCAUAUAAGGGAAAAAAUUAUAUUAAAGAAAAACCCACCUUUUGUGUAUAUAUAUCAAAAAAAUUCAAAGCACCAAAGCAAAGCAAAUUAGAUUACAGCAUUUUUACUAACCAUCCGGUUCCAAGUAUCUUUGUGCCUUUGGGGAUGGGGAGGGAGCAGGGGCUAUGGAGGG